AUGGAAACAAAAGAGAGCCCACAACAAUCUAUUAACGCAUCAUCAAACACAAUACAACAGAAACAAAACCAAAAAGAGCAGCCGUUGCAGUCAGUGCAGCUGCAACAACAACAGAAAUCAGACAAUAUCCCAGUUCCUUCUCAAGUCCCGUCAACCUAUGAGUACACCACCACUACCGAGACAUUGCCUAGUUCGUAUGUGAUGCCUCUGAGCAGUUUACCAGGUAGUUCUCAAUAUCAACAACCUGUCUCCACCGAUUCUGGGAUACCAUCGGGACAACAGCUGUACGCCCAGCCAGGUCCAACUGUAACACAAGCACAUGCACUGGCGCCACUCCCACGACAAACACAUUCAGUACCUCUGUAUCAACAUUAUUUUGGUCAGACUAUACCCGACGACCUGCUACACUCACAUUCCUACGUUCAUGAACCAAAAAAUCCUCCUGUAUCAUUACAUUCCUCAAGAGCCUACUAUUCGUCAAUUUUACAACCACCGCCUCCCCCACCACCUACGUAUUCAAUUCCCGAGACAGAGUCCCAACAACAUUAUGUUUGGUCUAGCCAUGACAAUCAACCUCCUUCCCAUCCAAUACCACCAUCAGAAAUUACCACUCGUAAUACGUCGUCUUCUUCUACUAGUACUACCACUACUACAGCUACUCGUAAUACAAUGCCGUUUCAUGUAACCACCAACAUCGAUGUCAACCGAUACCCUGACGUGACGUCAUUGGUCAACUCCAAUGCCAACAUUGUUGUUCCAUUAGUUGAGAGUAGAUUUGUUGAUCAUAAGAUAUGUACUAUUUGUGGGAAAAGAAUCACUAGAGAUAUGACACGACACUUGAGGACUCAUCAAGUAGAUGCCCGUUUCCAUUGUGUUUUCCCCAAACGCCAAUGUCGACAUAAACUGGGGAAAUUCAAUCGACCAUACGAUUAUAAAAAGCAUUUAUUAAAUCGACAUUUCACAUUUGAUGACUCUUCAAUCAAACGAUUACAUAACUUGAGUGAUAAAUUAAAUCAUUGGGGGACAUGUCCAUGUGGUUUAAGAUUUAGUGGUAAAGAUUGGUUGGAUGAACAUAUUUUGACCGAUGAUCCUACAAAGAAAUGCCCCUUAAUUGAGUGA